AUGCCCGCCACUAACAAAACCUGGCACAUCCAGCACCGCGCUCUGGCGCACCAAGCAGACAAAACAAAGCGAUACAUCUGCCCAGCAGAAACAAACCCCCACCUAGCAACCCUCCUAAGCUUCCCCUCGCGACGCUCCACCUUACCCGAACUGCACGCCAAAACAAGCAACGAGAUAAUAUCCCUCGCAGCAGCAAUCGCAGCCUUCGAGCCCGUCCGCCUCCACACCCGACCAGAAGACAUCCCCCAAGCCCAAGCCCUCCUCGACAAACAAACCACCCUCCCAGCGCAGCACCGCGCCAGCAUAACCAUUGUCCCAGCCCCAACAAACCACUGCUGGAUCCGCGACACAGGCCCGGUGUACGUGCGCAGCGCCGACGCAGCAGAUAAAACCCGCUACGCGAUCGACUUCCACUUCUGUGAAUGGGGCCACAAAACGACGGAGCGCAUUUACGGCGCCAAUGUCUCGUCCGUGGCGGCAAAAGCGCUGGAAAACUCCCCACAGUACGCGGAGUGGCCGAUCAUGGAUGAUGAAGCCAUGCGCGAGAACACGGCUUUGGCGGAAGCGGUACUGGAUAUCGAGAAUGCGAAUGUGGAUACUGUGAUGGAUGCUGUCGUGCGCGUGCAGACUGAUAUCAGACUUGAGGGUGGGGGCAUUGAAGUCGACGGCGAGGGGACGUUCAUGGCGACGGAGAGUAGUAUUAUUGGGGAUGCACGGAAUCCUGGACUCGGGAAGACGGAAAUCGAGGCUGAGCUGGGCCGGUUGCUAGGUGUCAGUACUUUUAUCUGGUUUCCUGGUCGGGUUGGGCUUGAUGUCACGGAUGUGCAUGUUGAUGCUGAGGCGAGGUUUGUGAGGCCUGGGGUUGUUGUUGUCUGUCGUCCGCAUGAGAAGGCAGAGAAGCCGGAUCCGAGCUGCGUUGAGGGGGAUGUUGCUGGGGAGGAGGAGACGCCGGCGGUUUCAUACGUCAACUUUUAUUUCGUGAACGGGGGACUGGUUAUACCGGCAUUCGGGGAUGCUGAGGCUGAUAUGAAGGCUUUUGAGAUGUUCAAAAGUUUGGUUCCUGAGAGGGAGGUUCGUCAAGUUGAGGUGAAUGCCUUGCCCAGAACCGGAGGGGUGCUACAUUGUGUUACGCAGCAGGUGGUGUGA